AGCCCGGCGGCGAAGGCGCCGUUGUAAGCAGCGGGGCUGUGGCCGGCCCGGCGACCAACCGGAAUCUGUGCCGCCGGGGGGGUAGAGCAGGUUUAGGGGGUACAGACGAGGAACCUUAAACCCCUUGUUCCAACUUGGAAGGCUGCGUCUGAUGAGAAAUGGAAAUCUGGCUCCAAGUCAUCCUUCCUGUUGUUGACAUCACCUGAAAACUCCACUGAAAAUAUUUCCAGUAGUUUACUGCAAACAACAGCUUUCCCUGAGGACUCAACACCUUGAGUGGUGAACUGUGUGGUGGUACAGGGACUGACUGCUGCAGUCAGCACAGGAGAAGGCUGAAGUUGUCAUUGCCAUUGUCCCCAGCUGGAGGCUGUCCUGUAAGACACAGCUGUGAAAUGUUCCUCAGGAAAAACUGAAGUGGAGAUCAUUAAGAGUCCAGAGGAUGGCAUAGCAUAUCACCACCACCCAGGGAGCCGGGGUCCUUCCUUGCCUGCCUGCAUGCCACUUGAACUGAUCCCAAGCCUUUCUUUUUGGACUGAGGAAACCUGAAAACCUCUCUCUCCUAAUUCAUGAGCCAGCAGGAUGUGGUCGCCGUGCUUUCAGAACGCCUGCUCAUAGCUGCCUACAAAGGCCAAGUGGAGAAUGUGGUGCAGCUUAUCAACAGGGGUGCCAAGGUAGCAGUUACCAAGCAUGGGCGGACACCCCUACAUCUUGCUGCCCACAAGGGUCAUCUCCACGUUGUCCAGGUUUUGUUGAAGGCAGGUUGUGACCUGGAUAUUCAGGAUGAUGGUGAUCAGACAGCAUUGCACCGGGCUGCUGUUGUAGGGAACACUGAUGUUAUAACAGCUCUGAUUCAAGAGGGUUGUGCUUUGGACAGACAAGACAAGGAUGGGAACACUGCUCUACAUGAAGCUUGUUGGCAUGGAUUCAGUCAGUCUGCCAAAGUCCUCGUUAAAGCAGGAGCCAAUGUUCUUGCCAAGAACAAGGCAGGUAACACACCUCUUCACCUGGCUUGCCAGAACAGUCAUUCCCAGAGUACUCGUGUUUUGUUACUUGGAGGAUCUCGGGCAGACCUCAAAAAUAAUGCAGGAGAUACCUGUCUGCAUGUGGCUGCUCGUUAUAAUCACUUGCCCAUCAUUAGGGUGCUGCUCAGUGCUUUCUGUUCUGUCCAUGAAAAGAACCAGGCAGGAGAUACUGCACUCCAUGUAGCUGCUGCUCUGAAUCACAGGAAGGUGGUUAAGCUGUUGCUGGAGGCAGGAGCUGAUGCAUCCGUUGUCAACAAUGCAGGUCAGACCCCUCUAGAGGUUGCCAGACAGCACAAUAACCCUGAGGUUGCACUCCUCCUCACUAAAGCAUCACAGGUCUCACGCUUUAAUCGUGGAAGAAGCCUGAGGAAGAAGAGAGAGAGGCUGAAGGAGGAAAGGCGAGCUCAGUCGGUGCCACGGGAUGAAGUGGUCCAGAGCAAGCAGGGCAGUGUCUCAGCUGCUGAAGACACUCCAAGCAGCGACCAGCAACCACAGAGGAAGAAUGAUCUGAAGGAGGAACCCCGGUCAACCUCACCAGACCUCAAAGGGAAGAAGAGCAAAAAGAAAAAGCCAAAGGAAAAGGUUUCAGCACUGUCGGACCCCAUCUCUCCAGCUGAUCAGCAGACCCUCCCUCAGCCCCAGCAAAACGUGCCCAAGCGCAGAAGUAAACAUCACUGCUCCUCACCACCCCCUCCCCACGAGGUCCGAGCCUACCAGCUCUACACGCUCUAUCGAGGGAAGGAUGGGAAGGUGAUGCAGGCUCCCAUAAAUGGAUGUCGUUGUGAGCCCCUGAUAAAUAAACUGGAGAAUCAGCUGGAGGCAACAGUUGAAGAGAUAAAAGCUGAGUUUGGGACAGUGCAAGAUAAGAUGAAUGUUAAGCUGGGCCAGAUGGAAAGCAAAACUCAACAUCAACUCCGUGUUUUAGACAAGCUGAUGGCUGAGAGGCUGUCGGCGGAGCGGACCGAGUGCCUUUACCGCCUGCAGCAGCACACGGAGCUGGAAAAAAAUGAGGGGGAGAAAAGGCAGAUUUCCUUGGUUGAUGAGCUGAAGACUUGGUGUAUGUUGAAGAUUCAAAAUCUGGAGCUCAAGCUUUCUGGAGAUUCCAGGUCAUCAAGACCAAAAUCAACUUUGUCCACUUGUGAGUCUCUCACGGAGACCUUGGAUACUGAGAACAACCCCAACAGUGCCAAGGACUGCAAAGCCAACCAGCCCACACUGCAGUCAGAGGGGUCCCACCAGCAUUCCUAUAUCACGCUCCCACAUAGCCUCUUGGAAGAUGGGGGAAGGAGCAGAGCCCAGAUGCCAGAACAGAAUUUUGGGCAACAUCUUUGCAUUCAACAAGACGGUGUGUCAGGUACAACCUUGUCAGGCACAGAGCAACAGUUGAUUGUUGGUGGACCAGUCUCUUCUUCUGCUCUUGCCCAAGAUGUCAGGCCAAAGGACAAAGCUGUCAGUGCCAGCACGUUCCACAGGUUGCAGCAGGAGCUGCCCUCCCCUGAGCUUCUGGGCUCCAAAUUAAGACACGUAAAGGUUCAAGCCACUCUGCAGCCUUUGACUGAACCUGCAAAGACUGAGCCACACAGCAGCCACUUCCUCGACAAAGGAACUCAGACAAAGAAGUCCAUCAGAAGUGGUCAGUCGAGGCACAAAGCUCUGCACCACGCCGGGGCACAUCAGAGCCAGGAGCAGCAGCCCCUUCCUCUGCCUGCGGGACAGCCACCUGCUCCUCCUCUCAGAGACACCUCCCAGGCCCUGGAGAUCACACAGUAUUUCUUUGAGGCUGUUUCCACACAGAUGGAGAAGUGGUAUGAACGGAAGAUAGAAGAAGCCCGAUGCCAAGCAAAUCAGAAAGCCCAGCAAGACAAAGCUGCCCUCAAGGAACAUAUCAAAAGCUUAGAAGAGGAGCUCAGCAAAUUAAGGACUAAGGUGCAGAAAGAGAGCUAGCAUCUGCCAAGCAGGUAAAGGCAAGCAAUGGGACUAAUUUUGGAACCUGCUGUAUAGGAACCUGGAAUAUUGUUAUAUACAUUUGUAGUGCCUGUUACACCCAAACAACGCUCUUUUUCAGGAUUAGAAAUAACUUUGGAAACUCCAGAACCAAGGAGAAUUCAUAUGCAGACUGUACUGAUGACAACGAGAUGCUGCAGAUUUGAUCCUUUCUAUGUUAUUUCCAAGAGUCCAUUAAAUAUUGCACUCUCAAUUUCCAGGUGCUGCCUGAAAACAAACUAUAUUAGAAACCAAAACUGCUUUAUCAGAAGGGAAGUUAUUUCCACAUAGCUCGUGUGUGGCUAGAGGGUUGUGGCUAGGGUGUGCUGUAUGUAAACAUGCAGCCAUACCAAUACUGAAAUAAAUUCAGGAUGCUAAAGUUUUUGACAGAAAUUCCUUAGUGAUGAAGGGCUAUUGAUGCUAUUUUAGGUACACCCCAUGGCCUCUCUUUGGUCGCUGGGGAGAAGCUACAGAACCAACUCCCAUUACGAGCCCAGGCAGGUGACAGAUGCAGCCAGGAGGCCAGGCUCUCAGAGAGUGAGAUUCUAAGGUGAGUUAUUCCAUGAGGUACAGAGGCUGCAGUUGAGACUUUACUUUUCUUUUCUUUUUUUUUUUUCGUUUCACAUGAUAAAACAAAUGCUAAAUUAUAUUUGACUUUUUUUUUAAUGCUGUCUUGAUUGCAGAGCUCCUUGUGGUUACACAGUUGUUGGGGCCAUAUUCAAGUAAUCUGAGAAGUUUUGUUUAGGGUGUGGAAGGCAAAUAAUUUUACCCUAACAUUGCUCUACUUGUUAGGUGUAAUUUUUGUAUAAAUCUCUUUUCCAUCAAGCAGCAAAUGGCUGAAUUCUCUACUACUGAGGAAGCCUGAAGAAGUCCUUUAUCUAAAGGAAUAAAGCUUAGUUCCCUGUACUCAAAUAUUUCUUUCUGUCCAGAGUCAGGAUUUUCUCCCAGACACCUUGUCCAGACUGUCUUCCUUCAUUCUGCUGAAUGAUUCCUCUCUGUAUUUUCCCUUACACCUCAAAAAAAAAAAAAAAAAAAAAAAAAAAGGUGACCUGGUGAAUCUGCAGGUCUCAGGACUGAUUUAAUCAACAGUUCCACAAAACAGAACUCAACAACAUUUUAAAGUUUUUAUCACGUGCUUUAUUAUAAAAUCAAAUCUUAAAAUGCUUAUCUUGUUAAGGCUGACAGAUUCCAAAUAACCUGGAGGCAUUCAUUGCAUUUGCCUUUAGGGUUUCUUCCUUAUACCUCUGAGAAGACUCCAUAAUAUUGUUACAAAAGUAAGUUUUCUUAAAAUACCAUGAUAGAAAAAUUGUUCAAAACCACUUAAAAAUACAUGAUAAUGCUGUUAUGCCAAGGACAGAGAUUUUUUUCUGUACUGCCCAAAAAUCAAUUCAAAAUAAUUUACAGUAUUGAAGACACCAUUGGUAAGUAAUUAAGCUUUCAUCUUCUUAGCAGAUGUAUAAAGCAAAGAAAAUUGUAUUAUAUAACAAUAUUUUUAAAGUUCCUAUUAAUGCACUAUCGAGCUGAGAAAAGUGUAUCUGCAGUUUUGGAAAUAAUAGUUUUAUUGCUUUGACUUCUGUAGCCUAAUAGAGACACUUCCAUAUGUUUACAGGUUUGUUUAAGCUACUGUAGGAAUGCAGAAGCAUGCUAUUUA